AUGGCCGGUGCAACCGCAUUCCUUGAUGCACAUUCGGCACUGGCGAUCCUUCCGCCGGAUGAGCUGCUGACAGAGGUGCAGGCAGUGCGCCAGCAGAACGACAAGGCCUACGUCCGAUGGCCGCAGGCGCAUCUGCGGGUUCUCUGGCCCUUCCUGCCGGUGAGGACGGCCCUCCCGCGGCUGGAGCAACUCAACGACAAGCUGCUAGCCUUCCCCGUCGAGCUCUCGGAGGUGCGUCUUCUGAACGGCUUGGCGCGCGCGCCAGUGGACAGGGCGUAUGUUGGCAUCACGCCAUCCGAUGCCACGCGCCGUGCUUUGCUGGAUCUCGUGGAGAGGCUCCUGGAAGAAUUCCCGGAGUGCCGUGGUGCGGAGAGCGAGGACCCAGACUUCCACGUGACACUGGGGCAGUUUCCACUGCACGAGGCAGAGCAUGUCGUCGCGAGUCAUUGCGUGCCCCUGCCCCUCGCCUGGCACUGCGGAGCUUUGGCCUUCUGCGCCCGGGCUAACUCCGAAGAGCCUUUCCGGCUGGUCCAAAGCAUUCCGCUGAGGCCUUUCUACCCGCCAGCGCGAAAAACCAUCAUGCCGCAUCUUCCCUCGCUAGCUUGGUGUGCAGUUGUCGAGGCACUGCCAGUAGGAGAUGCGGCGCGAAUGACCAGACUGCUGCAGCGGCAGGGCAUCGCUUGGAAAGAAGAGUGGUGGCACAAACUGAUUGGAGACUACUUCAACGUGGACAGCCUGCGGUUGCAACAGCUACCCGAGCUUUCUUUCUGCUCGCUGGCAGCUGCAGCGGCGGUUGCUGCAAGCCUGCGCUGGGCGGCCGUCUCUGGGAGCAAGGCAGACCCCAUCUUCGAGUGCAGGGUCCUGCGGGAGUUUCAAGCGAACUCUUCAGUUCGCCAGGAGGUCCUGGCAAUGCCGUUUCAGACGGCGAGCUGUGUGCGGCACAGCGACUCACGCUUGCUGGCGGUGGGGGAAAGCAGCAGCAAAGACAGUGGCCUGGCAAUCUGGAAUUUGGCCAGCUUGAACGAGAAGCCAAGCUUUUGCAAGCUUCGGGGCCACAUCCAAAGCAUUGAUGUCUGGCGAGACACCCUCCUUGUGCUUGGGAAAGGAGGCUCGCUUGCAUUGCACGACCUCUCGGAUCCUCGCGCCACGCCGACCUCCCUCGGCCGUAAGGGUGACGGGGCUGUGCGGGACGCCCACUGGAUGGCUGGAGGGCGCGUGGUGGCGGCCUUCGCGCAGAAGGUCCGUGUGAUCGACCUGGAGGCUGACGGUGGUCGUCAGAGCUGCGACAUUGCCGGCACGCUCUCGUGCCCGGUCAUUGCCCCGCUGGAUGCGGACCAUGUGGCCCUGAGCGGACCGUCCAGCUGUGUCAUUUGGGAUCUCAGGAAGUCCGCUUCCGCAAUGGAGGUUCCCUGGCCGUCCUCCUUCUCCUGCACGGCUCUCGCAGCCAGUGGAGCCAGUGGCCUCCUGAUAGGUGGCCGCGGUGCCCAAUGCAGCCCAGUGCACACUUUGGACCUGCGGAUGCCGACGACCCGUGAGGCCAUCCUUCCGAUUCCUGGACACGAGCUGCGGGCAGACAAGGUGCUUGCAGCGAGCUCCUGCUUUUCCGCACAGUUUGAUGAUGGCAGUCUCGCCCUUUGGCAUGCCGAGAGCCAUUCUGCUCUGGGCUGGUGGCCCAACUCCCAAUGCGUGUCCCAACCCACUGCUGAGCACUGCACCUGGCAUGGCCUGGCCGCCGCCGGCGCCGGGCGGCUGCGAGUGGCGACGCCAGGCAUGAAAGCCACCCUUCAGAGGGGCCAUGCGAAGAAGGAAAUCAAGGCCGCCUUGCAUGAGUCAGGCCUUCCGAACAUGAAAAGUUUUGCAGCUUUCGCGCUCUUGGCGGUGACGAGCCAGGCAACCGAAGAUGCAGAGCGGGCUAGAAUUCUGUCCGAGAUCGAGGCACUCCGAGGCCAACUUCAGAAGCAGCGCACGAUCAUCCAGCAGCAGUUCACCCAGCUCGCCAAUCUCGAGGAGGACGAGGAGCGUCGCCUGCAAACGGUUGGCAACGUCACAGCGACUGCCUGGGCAACAGAGAAAGCCGCUCUUGAAGCGACUGACGGGAGCAUGGCGGCGGCCAUGGACACUCUUUGGCUCUGCUUGUGCGGAGCCUUAGUCAUGUUCAUGCAUGCCGGCUUCGCCAUGCUGGAGACCGGAUGCUGUCGUUCCAAGAACGCAUCCAACGUUUUGAUGAAGAACUUGGUGAACGUCUGUGUUGGGACUCUUGGUUGGUGGGUGCUUGGCUAUGCAUUCGCUUAUGGAGGCGGCAUCAACCGCUUCAUUGGCACGACGAACUUCCUGGGUGAGGGCUUCUACACGAAGGAUGCAUCCGGAAACAUCCUGGCCCCAGGUUGUGCCAACAAUGCUUGCCAGAGCACGGCACUUGCGUGGUUUUUUCAGUGGGCGUUUUGCACUGCUGGAGCCACGAUAGUGAGCGGGGCUGUUGCUGAGCGCGUCCAGGGUCCAACAUAUGCCAGCUAUGCUUUCGUCAUGACCUCUUUGAUCUAUCCUGUGGUCGUACAUUGGGGUUGGAGUGGCAGCGGCUUCCUCGGAGACAUCCUGGAUGUUGGCGUCAUGGAUUUCGCCGGUAGUGGCAUCGUGCACCUGACCGGUGGAGUCAGUGGCCUUGCAGGCACCAUCGUGCUGGGGCCACGCAAAGGGCGCUUUGUCAACCCAGAAGAGUUCGAGCCUCAUAACCUUCCGCUGGUGGUCUUCGGAACGUUCGCACUGUGGUUCGGCUGGUAUGGGUUCAACCCGGGUUCAACCCUGGGCAUGUCCGACGGUGCCACUGGUGCGCUGGCGGCCCAGGUGGCCAUGAACACCACAAUCGCUGCAGCCACGGGCGGCAUCACUGUCUUCCUCCUACGGUACCUCAUCCUUCGCAAGUAUGAUGUGGGCGGGCUCUGCAAUGGCAUCUUGGCAGGGCUUGUUUCCAUCACGGCACCGUGCGGCAACAUUGAAUGUGGCAGUGCAUUCGCCGUCGGGUUCAUCGGUGCCCUUGUCUACCAGGGAUCCUCCAUGCUGCUCCAGAAGCUGAAGAUUGACGACCCCGUGGAUGCAAGCCCAGUCCACGGCUUCUGUGGAAUCUGGGGUGUGCUCGCAGCUGGUCUCUUCGACUGGGGCAAGGGCUUCGAUCACUUCCACGGCUGGAGUGGCUGGGGGUGCAUGACGGAUGACAGCGGCGCCUGCCAGACGGGCAUCAACGGUUCAGCCCUCGGUGCACAGGUCAUCCUGAUUCUCAUGGCUGCACGGCCAGCGCCCACAGCAUCUCCACAGCCGGCCCAGGGCUCAAAGCCCAGGCUUCGCACCAGCGAAGAUGUUUAUCACCGGCUCAUUCACGACGAGCGCUUUCGUGCUCCGAAGGUGAUCAUGGGCUACGAAGAUCGCUUCCUCGGCCCGAUGGAAGUGAAGCUGCUGGACUUUCGGCCAGGCGGCGACAUACCUUACCACCGGGUCUACUAUUUCAGGGAGGAGGAGCAGGUCCUUUGGGAUCGCCGAGCCCGGUUGGACCGGGUCUUCGGCACUGGCGAGGCCAUGUCCCAAGCAGCGGCAGCCGAGACAGAGGAAGUGAUCUGCCGGGCUAAACAGACGAUGAUGAAGAUUGACAAGGGCAUCAUCAAGGUGCGCUGGAGCCAGACUGAGGAUCGAAAGGCCCCAGCAGAAGAGAUACAGGUGAUGAAGUACUCCGCGGAGGCGGAAGCCUGGCUGCCAUUCCCUGGCGCUGCCACUGCCGUAGCAUUGACAGAGCUCCGGGUCCUAACCUUCAAUGUCCUCUUCGAGCUGUUUGGGGAUGUUGAGACGCACAUGGAGGCAAGAUUGGUGCAGAUAUUCCGGGAGCUAUCGCGUUGUGGAGCUGACAUCAUGGCUUUGCAGGAGGUCACCCCGAAGUUCGCAGAGGCGCUUCUUGCGCAGCCCUGGGUGCGGGAGCAGUGCUGGUCCAGUGCAGGCCCAAAUUCCACAGCAACCGUCGACCCGUCCGGCCAGCUCAUCUUGUCCAAGGUCCCCAUGGAUUCAGCCUCUCUGGCACGAAUCAGCCCUCACAAGACUGUUAUCCUGGCCUCCUUCCCUGUCUUGCUGGGCGAGAGCCGGGCGGUCACGGUGGCCAACCUCCAUCUCCCGGCGGAUUCGAAGCAGCCCCGCCGCAGGGAACGCCAGGAGCAGCUGCGGAUUUGCGAGAACCUGCUCUUGGAAAGGUCAGGACCCACUGACUUGACUUUGCUUCUGGGGGACUUCAAUUCGGCUCCUGAGGUGGAGCCGGCCCAGUUCAGGACCGGAGGGGCUGGAAGGGGCUCCAAGUAUUUUGUCCUCUAUGACAUUCUUGACUCUCUCCUCACAUGCUUGCACUCUCUCUCUCUCUCUCUGUGGACAAUGGCUAGAAGGAGGAAUGAAAUACAUUGCAGGAGAAUGCAAUUACCCAUCUCGUCCAGCACGAGGCACAUGGCCAAGCAUAGUAACUGCAGCGCAGGCAUACUACGUGGCACUUUGGGAAACCUUUGGUACCCGUUGAUGCUUCCCAAAGAGGUACCUAAUCAUAAAUACCUCUAA